GUCAUCCGGGGCACACAAGUGGACUAGAGUCGCAAUCAUCAUGUCGACCUCGAUCCACCGCACUGUCGGACUUUGUUGAGAUAAGGGGUCCCCAUAUAUAUCCCCCAUGGCGUCCCUCGACUCCAGCUCUUUCUCUCAGUAGCCAGCCCUGCCCAUCUUGCCUGAGCUCCUCGCAACCUCAUCAUUCCCCCGUAAAGAACGACCUGAAGUCAUAUUGCCACAAUGGCGGAACAUCAACACAAAGAAGUGAUGGACAACAUCUCCGAGACUGCUUCCAAUGAAGUGGUCGACAAGCCCCAAGUUGUUGCCGUCGAGGCGACGCAGGAAGCUCCUGCUUACAUCAAGUCACUCAGCCCCGAACAACGGAUCGCCGCUGAAAAGGCCCUCGUUCGCAAGAUCGACAUUCGUCUUAUCCCUAUGAUCGUUCUCAUUUACAUUAUGAAUUACCUUGACCGAAACAACAUUGCUGCUGCACGUCUUGCUGGCCUUGAGGAUGAGCUAAAUCUACAUGGCACACAGUACCAAACUGCUGUUUCGAUCCUAUUUGUUGGGUACUUGUUGAUGCAAGUUCCUUCGAAUUUGUUCCUCAACCAAUUCGGCAAACCGGCUGUUUACUUGUCCAGCGCAAUGGUCCUUUGGGGUAUCAUUUCGACGUGCACGGCAGCUGUACAGUCCUUUGGUGGACUUAUUGCCGUUCGUUUCUUCCUCGGUUUCGUUGAGGCAACAUACUUCGCAGGCUGCCUGUACUAUCUUUCUGCUUGGUAUACCCGCAAGGAACUUGGCUUCCGGACUGCCAUGCUAUACUCCGGAUCCCUUAUGUCCGGUGCUUUCUCCGGCUUGAUCGCUGCCGGCAUCACUGAAGGCAUGGAUGGUGUUCAUGGCCUUCGCGCGUGGAGAUGGUUGUUCAUCAUUGAAGGAGGAAUUACGAUCGGCAUCGCGGCAAUUGCGUACUUUAUCCUGCCCAACUUCCCCAAGACGACUCCCUGGUUGAGCGACGACGAGAAGACACUUGCGGCGUGGAGACUCGAGGAGGAUAUUGGAGAAGAGGAUCGCGCUGAGGAUAAUCAUGCUUCAUUGUUUCAUGGGGCCAAGCUGGCUGCCCAAGAUAUCAAGAUGUGGAUCUUGAUGAUCAUUCUCUUUUGCAUCGUCUUUUCCGGUAGUGUCACCAACUUCUUCCCCACCGUUGUCGAGACGCUAGGUUACGGCAAGAUCAAUUCGUUGCUGUUGACCUGCCCUCCCUACGUUUUGGCCGUUAUCACCACGUUCCUGAACGCCUGGCAUGCCGACCGCACAGGUGAACGCUACUUCCACGUCACCACACCGUUGUACUUUGCCGUUCUUGCUUUCAUUCUGGCCGCCGCAACGACAAGCACUGCGCCAAGAUAUAUCGCCAUGAUGUUGAUGGUUCCAGGCGUGUACACCGGCUACGUCGUCUGUCUCGGCUGGAUCUCGAACACGCUCCCUCGUCCUGCUCCGAAGCGAGCUGCUGCAAUAGCAGCUAUCAAUGCGGUCUCCAACACCAGCAGUAUCUUCGCCAGCUACAUGUUCCCCAGCUCUGCUGGUCCGCGCUACGUCGUGGCCAUGUCAGUGUGCUGUGCUUCCGCGGCGACUGCGAUCAUUUUCGCGACUAUUUUGCGAUUCAUUUUGGUCCGAUUGAAUCGCAAGUUGGACCGUGGGGAGUUUGUGGAGGGCGCGAUCAAUGCUCCUGUCGGUGGUGUGAGGCGGACAGGCGUAUUGGCCGCUGGUGACGGUGUGCCUGCUGAGGCGGCUAGCCACGGGUUUAGAUUCCUGGUAUAAAGCUUGAUAACGAAAGGUCGAUACGUAGAUAUCAAGUAGAACGGGCCUUGAUUGGUAGUCCUCACAUCGUCAAGUGUACUCCAGACGAAAGAUAAGUGAUGAGGAUCUCAGCGUACUCGGCUAAUUGAAUGCAACGUCAAC